AUGCGCCACAUCGACGUGCCCGCGCACAUCCCAAACCUCUCACGCUACACCGACAACUUCCUCACCUGGUACAUUGACAUGAAAGCCCUUCUUCGUCGCCACGAUCUUUGGGACUGUGUGGCAAACGAAGUUGGUAGCCCGGAAUGGGAGGAACAUGAUAGCGAGGAAUGGGAGACCAAUGUGGUCGAAGCGGCGGACUUUAUGACUUUGUUCAUUGCGGAGGAGUUCAAGAGGAAGUUGAAGCCGGAAGAUUUUGAUAAUGGGUAUGAGUUGAUGAUUAAGUUGGAGGAGAUUCAUGAUGUGUCGUUUGAUGGAAAGGGGAACUUUUUGGCGAGUUGA